CACUGCACAGUACUUCCUUGUUCUACUUUCAUAUAUUGAUAUCAGCAUACGUUAUUUUGAAAUUAGCAAAGGCAAAGUGAAGGAGUGUGAUCACUCUUUUCCUCCUCUGAUACUGCAGAUACAAUGGAAAUAGCUGUGAUACACUUCAUCCUGCUGGGAGUGAUCUCAGGUUUAACCAAAGGAGCUGGUGUGUUGCCAGACGGUCCUCUAAACGCAGCUGUGGGAGCAACAGUGAUGUUUACUACAACACUGACUCCAUCAGACAAACCAUUUCUAUCAGUGGUCUGGACAUUUGGUACUAAAAAUAUAAUCACUUCCAGUGGUGUAAACAAAACUGGACCAGAGUAUGAAGGCAGGAUCACCCUCUUCAUGUCUACUGGAUCUCUGGAGCUCAGGAAUCUGGCUCUUAAUGACAGUGGAGAAUACAGUGUGAGCAUCGUUCCAUUUGGAGAACCAGUGAAGGGAGGGAGCACAACACUGAACGUACUUGAGCCAGUCUCCAAUGUAACAGCAACUGCCAGCAGCACAGACUUGGUGGAGUUCAACAGCUCUGUCCGUCUGUCCUGCUCCUCCUCUGGAUCCUCUCUCUCUUUCCUCUGGCUGAACAGCAGCUCUGAGGUUACAGCCAGUGACAGAGUUCAGCUCACUGAUGGAGGCUCCAUUCUCACUAUAGUUAAGGUGACUCGCUACGACCAGGGACCAUUCAGGUGUCGUGUGUCCAAUCCUGUCAGUAAUGGCACCAGUGAUCCAAUAACCCUCUCCAUCAGCUAUGGCCCAGAAGAUAUUAAUUUGACAAUAUCUCCAUCACAAGAAUACCAUGUGGAAGGGUCAGACAUCACCCUGUCCUGCUCAGCUGUCUCCAGACCUGCUGCCCUGUUUCACUGGUUUCUGAAUGGAGACCUGCUGUCUGAUACUGGACCAGAGCUCAGACUGAUGAACAUUCAGAUGAGUCAGAGUGGGAACUACAGCUGUCAGGCCUUUAACAGCAAAACUCUGAGAUCUGAAACAUCUCAGCCUGCAGCUGUCUCUGUACUGGCGCGUGUUGCCAAUGUUUUGGUAACUGUAAACACCACAGACUUGGUGGAGUUCAACAGCUCUGUCCGUCUGUCCUGCUCCUCCUCUGGAUCCUCUCUCUCUUUCCUCUGGCUGAACAGCAGCUCUGAGGUUACAGCCAGUGACAGAGUUCAGCUCACUGAUGGAGGCUCCACUCUCACUAUAGUUAACGUGACCCGCUAUGACCAGGGACCAUUCAGGUGUUGUGUGUUUAAUCCUGUCAGUAAUGGCACCAGUGAUCCAGUAAACCUCUCCAUCAACUAUGGCCCAGAAAAUAUUAAUUUGACAAUAUCUCCAUCACAAGAAUAUUAUGGCAGAGGUUCAAACGUCACCUUGAUGUGCUCAGCUGUCUCCAAACCUGCUGCCCUGUUUCACUGGUUUCUGAAUGGAGACCUGCUGUCUGAUACUGGACCAGAGCUCAGACUGAUGAACAUUCAGAUGAGUCAGAGUGGGAACCACAGCUGUCAGGCCUUUAAUGACAAAACUCUGAGAUAUGAAACAUCUCAGCCUUCAGCUGUCUCUGUACUGGAGAUGAUAUCAGGUGCUUUUGUCACACCAACAACAAACCUGAUGAUUGAGGGGAUCUCUGUCAACUUAACCUGUGAUGCUGCUGGCUCUGUCUUUACCAGAAAGUGGAUGAAGGAUGGCUCAGAUCUGACUCUGGCUGGAAACAUGAACCUUUAUGACAAGAACAAAGUGCUGUCUUUUAACAGCCUUAAAUCAACAGACAGUGGGGAAUAUUCCUGUAAAAUCAGCAACCCCCUCAGUAACGAUGAAGCUAAAUACACCAUGGUUGUCUACUAUGGCCCAGAACAUGUUAAAAUCACAGGUCCAAGUGAGAUACAUGUGGGGGAGUCCUUCACAUUAACCUGCUCUGCUGAUUCCACACCAUCUGCUACUUACACCUGGAAACUGAAUGGGACAGAGAUACAUAAUUCUGCUGAGUUCACUAAAGACAACACUAAACUCUCUGACAGUGGCAGCUACACCUGUCAAGUGAUGAAUAGUAUAACUGAGAGAACAUCGACUGCAGUCCAUGGAUUGUCUGUAACAGGUACAGAGAUGGUGUUGAUUGCAGAUUUUGUUGAUACGGUUUAAUA